UGGGCAGAUACGUAGCUCUUUUGAGCUACAGCGCCAUGGUUGCUUCCCAUGAUUCCCUCGGACAUGCGUUGUGGUUUGUUUAGAUAUGGCUGCCUACUUGUUGUGUCUUUCUGCGGGAGGGGGAAUUCCUAUUUUUACUCGCUCACACGGAGACGUCAAACCGCUGCCCUUCCCUGUCAUUGGUUCACUGAACGCUGUACACAUGUUUGCGACCAACCACGGGGCUUCUCUCAAAUCCACAACCACAGACGAUGCCAAGAUUGUCUGGAGAGAUUUCUAUGAUAGCCUCUCGCUAAUUCUCGUCAUGGGGGACGAUCAGGCCGACGACUGCCACAUGUUCCGGCUGCUAGAGAACGUGUGGUCGGCCAUGGUUCUGCACUGCGGCAGAGACGAGCUGGUCAACAUCAAGAACCUGGAGCGCUUCAAGCGUGAAGUCAAGGUGUGUUUCCAGCUGAUUGACCGCCUCUUGCAGGGUGCCGUUCUCGGGACCUUCUCCGAUCUCACCCAGGCCGCCGACCUGCUGCUGACACCCGACAAUGCCGCCCUUCAGAACUUCUUGGAGGCCUUCGUGAUGGCAGCUGACAGUCCAUACGGGUGUCUGAUGGUGGAUGGCCAUGUGGUGGUGGCCACACAGAAGUGGUGGAGCCUGUCAGGAACAGAACUAGUGUUGCUGGGGAUGUUGGUAUCAGGCCUGCCACCAUCCACCUCACGGGAUGUCCCCAUUUACCUCCCCCAUGGCAGCCCAACGGUUCCUCAUCGGCUUCUAACAUUCCAACUGAUAAAUGGAGUGGAGGCAUGUGUUAUCUGUGGGCCCAAACCCACGCUGUUUGAUCUUCAGGGAGAGGUGGUGAGGUUUUGGCGACCUGCCUUAGAUAUUCUUAGAACAGCUUCUCAUGUCAUUCCAUGCAACUUCCCCAACACUGUAUCAUUGGACCAAAACAUCUUGGGAUUCCUGCUUGUUAACAAUGAAACAAGUCGUUGUUUGAACACCGUUGGUGUCAACAGAGACAAUGCUGCUGGCUUAACUAUGGACAAAAGAAGAGAAAUUCUUCGUUCUUUUUACAAGAAAGUCAUAGGAACUUACUUUUCCUCUCCUAUAGAGGGAAGUGAAAGAGGUCCCACAGAAUUCAGCCACGUUCCAACAGACACGUACAUUGUAUGUGACAGCUAUAAGUGCUAUGCCCUUGUUGCUGGGUCUUAUCAGAUCUUUGUGCUUUAUUCCUCAGCUAUUCCUACUUAUGCAAUGAGAUCAGUGACAAACAAGACAUUAAACACAUUUGUGAAAGACAAAAGUUUUAUUAUCUGACAAAAAGAUUGUAAAAUUUAUCUUUAUAAUGCAAGACUAAUCUUCCAAAAAUAUGUAUCAAAUCAAUACUAUGCAGCAUUUCUAAAUUCUGACAGCAUGUACAUUUGUGAAAAAUUCAUAUCAUAUAAAUCACUUGUCAAAAAAGUGUUUUUAAAAUGUGUGUGCAUAUUUGAGGAUGGCUGUUUUAAAAAUUAGUUUAUAAAUCGUAGCUUGUCUUUCACAUAGAAGUCGCCGUCUUAAUAGCAUUGUACUUAUUCAUGCAAAUGUCUGUACUUACACUGUUUAUUAAAUUUAGCUACAUAUUUAUUACGUCUAGCUACUUGUUUAUUGCAUUGAACAUCAUACAGUUUAUUCUUUCCCAGUAUUGGGAUUUUAUUGGCUGUUUGACUGUUACUGUUCAGUUAUGGUUGUUGGUAUGACCAUGUGAUUAAUUAUAUUUGUAUAGUGUGUGUAUGUGAAUGUGCGCACCUGCAUGUUUGGAAAGAUUAAAGAACAUGAUAAACUUUUUAAAUGACAAAUUUUGUGAUUAUUAUCAUGUAAAAUUAUUGUUAAUGUUUAAAAUUCUUCAUAAAUAUUGUUUGUCUAAUAUGAGAGCUAUUUGUUUGCAAACAAGAGAAAGAGAGGAGGGAAGUAAAUAAAAAAAAUUUUGCAUACAAGUGAUACCUAUUUUAAACCUAUUUUUGUAAUUAUUACACUGUAAAAGUUUACUUUAAAGAACUUUGUAAUAUAUACAUUUGUGCUGGAUGUUCAUUUUACACAUUGGCAUUUAUAUUUGUACAUAUAGAAAUAUUUAUUGCCAGGAACAAAUACUGAAUUUGACAAAACAUGAGGUUUAAAAAGUGAAAUAUUUUUUAUGAGUGUGUGCAUGCGUAUGCACGAGUGUGCUUGUAUAUUUGAGAGAUAGGGUGAAGUUUACGUGAAGACAUUCACAUGCUCAUCUCUGUUGGCCUUCAUAUCACAGUCUUCAAAAAUGCCAGAAAUAAAGAUUGCCGUUACCA